GUGCGAUGGAACCUUCAGGUCCCAACCGCCGCCAGGGCCGCUCCGCCCAGUGGAGCCUGUCCGGCCCCCUAGCUGCCCGCUAGAUCCCGCCGGCUGGCGCAAGCUGCCAGCGCUUGGGCACCGCGGGCGGGGUCGGAGCCGGGCUUCCCUGACGCUGAAGCUGCAGUCCCCGCACGUUCAGUCCAGGGCCUCCCUCUCGGGGCCGGGCGGCGGCGGUGGCUCAGGCUGCAGAGCAGGGGACCGAACGGCCGCCGAGGCACAGCCGCGAUCCGGCGGGGGCGGAAAAUGGCGGCGGCUUCGGAGGAGCUAAAUGGCGCCGGGACCCCUGGGGGGGUGGGGUGAGCCGGAGCCUAAGUAGAGAAUUGGCCUGGGGAGUGGGGACAAUUGAUAGACUCACCCCAAAAUAUGCUUUUUGGAACUGAUAUAGAUCCUGCAUAUUCUGCGUGAAAUCUCUAUUUGAUUGCAGUUGAGCUAGAUGUUGGAGCCAAAAUGCUAUUGCCCUGUCUUCAUCAACAUUUAAUCAACUGUUGCAGAGAUAGGAACAUGGGGGAGAAACAAUCUGGAUAACAUGAAAGUAAUGCUGGUGGCCAAGGGAAGGCGACGUGAUUCUGUGGGAAGGGCUGUAGCUUAUCCAUCUGUUGUCUAGAUUUGAGUAUGAGCACAGUUGAAGAGGAUUCUGACACAGUAACAGUAGAAACUGUGAACUCUGUGACUUUGACUCAGGACACAGAAGGGAACCUUAUUCUUCAUUGCCCUCAGAAUGAAGUAGAUGAAAUAGACUCAGAAGAUAGUACUGAACCUCCACAUAAAAGGCUUUGUCUGUCCUCUGAGGAUGAUCAGAGUAUUGAUGAUUCUACUCCUUGCAUAUCAGUUGUUGCACUUCCACUUUCAGAAAAUGAUCCGAGCUUUGAGGUGACCAUGACCGCAACCACAGAGGUGGCAGAUGAUGAGAUUACUGAGGGGACUGUGACACAGAUCCAGAUUUUGCAGAAUGAACAGCUAGGUGAAAUGUCUCCCUUGGGUAAUGAGGAAGUUUCAGCAGUUAGCCAAGCAUGGUUUACAACUAAAGAAGAUAAGGAUUCUCUGACCAACAAAGGACAUAAAUGGAAGCAGGGGAUGUGGUCCAAAGAGGAAAUCGAUAUUUUGAUGAACAAUAUUGAACGCUAUCUGAAGGCACGCGGAAUAAAAGAUGCUACAGAAAUCAUCUUUGAGAUGUCAAAAGACGAAAGAAAAGAUUUCUACAGGACUAUAGCAUGGGGUCUGAACCGGCCUUUGUUUGCAGUUUAUAGAAGAGUGCUUCGCAUGUAUGAUGACAGAAACCAUGUGGGAAAAUAUACCCCUGAAGAAAUUGAGAAGCUCAAGGAGCUCCGGAUAAAGCAUGGCAAUGACUGGGCAACAAUAGGGGCGGCGCUAGGAAGAAGUGCAUCUUCCGUCAAAGAUCGGUGCCGACUGAUGAAGGAUACUUGCAACACAGGGAAAUGGACAGAAGAAGAAGAAAAGAGACUUGCAGAAGUGGUUCAUGAAUUGACAAGCACUGAGCCAGGUGACAUAGUCACACAGGGUGUGUCUUGGGCAGCAGUGGCAGAACGAGUGGGUACCCGCUCAGAAAAGCAGUGUCGUUCUAAGUGGCUCAACUACCUGAACUGGAAACAGAGUGGGGGGACUGAGUGGACCAAGGAAGAUGAAAUCAAUCUCAUCCUCAGGAUAGCAGAGCUUGAUGUAGCUGAUGAAAAUGACAUAAACUGGGAUCUGUUAGCUGAGGGAUGGAGCAGUGUCCGUUCACCACAAUGGCUUCGCAGUAAAUGGUGGACUAUCAAAAGGCAAAUUGCAAACCAUAAGGAUGUUUCAUUCUCUGUCUUAAUAAAAGGUCUUAAACAGUUACAUGAAAACCAAAAAAAUAACCCAACGUUUUUGGAGAAUAAAUCAGGAUCUGGAGUUCCAAACAGUAAUUCCAAUUCCGGUGUACAACAUGUUCAGAUAAGAGUUGCCCGCUUGGAAGAUAAUACAGCCAUCUCUCCUAGCCCCAUGACAGCAUUGCAGAUUCCAGUCCAGAUCACCCAUGUCUCUUCAACAGACUCCCCUGCUGCUGCUGUUGACUCAGAAACAAUAACACUAAACAGUGGAACACUACAGACAUUUGAGAUUCUUCCAUCUUUCCAUUUACAGCCCACUGGUACUCCAGGCACCUAUCUACUUCAAACAAGCUCAAGCCAAGGCCUUCCCCUAACUCUGACUGCUAGUCCCACAGUAACCCUGACAGCCGCUGCUCCUGCUUCUCCUGAACAGAUCAUUGUUCAUGCUUUAUCCCCAGAACACUUAUUGAACACAAGUGACAAUUUAACAGUGCAGUGUCACACACCAAGAGUCAUCAUUCAGACUGUUGCCACAGAGGACAUCACUUCUUCCAUAUCCCAAGCAGAACUGACAGUAGAUGGUGAUAUUCAAUCAUCUGAUUUUCCUCAGCCUCCAGAUGCUCUAGAAGCAGAUACUUUCCCAGAUGAAAUUCAUCACCCUAAGAUGACUGUGGAACCAUCAUUUAAUGAUGCUCAUGUAUCCAAAUUCAGUGACCAAAAUAGCACAGAACUGAUAAAUAAUGUCAGAACAGAAGAAGAAAUCUCUGACACGGACCUUAAACAAGAGGAGGAAUCACCCUCUGAUUUAGCCAGUGCUUAUGUUACUGAGGAUUUAGAAUCUCCUACUAUAGAAGAACAAGUUGAUGAAACAAUUGAUGAUGAAACAAUACUUAUUGUUCCUUCACCACAUGGCUUUAUUCAGGCAUCUGAUGUUAUUGAUACUGAAUCUGUCUUGCCUUUGACAACACUAACAGAUCCCAUACUCCAACAUCAUCAGGAAGAAUCAAAUAUCAUUGGAUCAUCUUUGGGCAGUCCUGUUUCAGAAGACUCAAAGGAUGUUGAGGAUUUGGUAAACUGUCAUUAGGUAAUUCUUAGAAACAGGCAGUUCAAG